UUUCUCUUAUUUUACUCUGCGUCUAUAUUUUGUCGCUGGCAUGUCGGUGUUAUAAAAACAGUUACGAAACUGCAGUCCAGCAUCAGUUGGCGAGUGAUAAUGAAAGUUCUAAUUUCAGUGACGAUAGUAGCUUGCAUAGCAGUUACCGUUGGACAAUCAACGAACUACUGCGACAGAAGAUUGUGCCCAAGUGGUUCACCCCACAUAGCAUGCAAUGGGCUAACAACGCUGAGCCGCACUUGUGGAGCAGGUUCCUUCGAGAUAGCCAUGGACAGUGCCAAUCGACAGUUAAUCGUCGACCUGCACAAUAAAUUGCGUAGCAGGGUGGCGUCAGGUCGACAGACCAACAGUGCUGGGCAGAGGUUCCAACAAGCAGCCAGAAUGGCCACGUUGCAAUGGGAUUCAGAGCUAGCUCACAUCGCCGCCACCAAUGCCAGGCGUUGUAUCUAUGGCCACGACCAGUGCCGAAAUACUGCUACCAUGAGGGCAUCCGGCCAAAAUAUUGCUAUCAUGUCUUACUAUGGAAUGACCGUCUCUAAUGAGAAACUACUUACGGAUUUCACCAACAGCUGGUUCAGUGAAUUUAAGGACACCACUCCGCAACAAAUCGCUAGAUAUCCAUCCAACUACAGAGGUCCUGCCAUCGGACACUUCACGCAGAUUGUGUCGGAUCGAACCAGUAGAAUAGGUUGCGCGAUGGUGAGCUACAAUCGGCAAAGAUUCAUCAACAAGCUGCUCGUUUGCAACUACGGGCUUACGAACAUUGUCAACCAACCGGUUUACGUGGCGGGCAACAGCUGCUCCGGAUGCACUACCGGUUGCAACAGCCAAUAUCCGGGGCUAUGCAAUACGGCUGAAAACGUCAGAAAUAAUCCCUAAUAGAAAUAAUUAUGUGGUCGCGUAGCUCAGAAAAUAAAUUAUUUUCAAUAUUGGAGAUAUAUGUUUAUCAGUGAAUUAGCAAACAAAUAUAUUUACAUUGGUCAUUUGUCAAUGAGCAAACUGCAAAUAAAUUUUGAAUUAUUUAAAUGGUCUAAAUAAUAUUAGAAUAUCUCGUGACGGCAUGGAGAUGUUAAUAAGUUUGACUACCAUCUGAAUUUUUUCUCUCAUAUAAUCAUCACCCCCGUAG